CACAUUGGCUUAUCUCUUUAUGUGUCUCUUUAAUGAAUCUUCCACAACCAAUAAUCUAAUAAUCUCAAAUGGUAUUUUCAAGAGAGAUCUAUGACUCUUGAUGGCUUUAUUUAUAGGUUUUGACCCAUUCCACCCCCUGCCCAUAAUUGCUUUCUCUUUUACUAUGGCCUUUCACUGCCUAUAGGCAUGCACUGUCUAACAGCAAUCCUUUGAGGGUUUCUCAUCUCCGUAAUCAGCCUCUGAGAUUUGCACUGCCAUGUGCCAUGGAUAACAUUGUAAAAAUAGCCCAUCCUGUAUUUGGGAUGAUCCGGUCUCUAAUGCCCCGUCUUUGUUAACACUGCUGACAUCUCAGCCAUUCAGUGGCAAGCAGGGGUAAGUCGGACCCCAGUAUAAGGGGUGUGUGGGUAUGGAUGUGAAUGUGUAUGACCACACUAAACCCUGUUGGAGUACAUGGCAGCCAGUAUUACACCAGAACAAAGUACAACAGAAGCUCAGGGUUGAUAAGGAGCUACCUCAGAGUAGUAAUGGACGAGCAGAGAGUGGGGAAGAGGGCAGGGCAGGAUUGCAUAGAGGUUCCAGACAAGGUUCUGGAAGGAGAUGUGGAGACAGACAAGAUUCUAAAGAGAGGAAUGGAUGAGGGAGAAGUUCUGGAAGGCACUAUGGAUGUUCGCAAGGAUCAAACCAAGGUUCUGGAAGACUGUGUGUACAUGGACGAAGAUCAAGUUCUUGAAGGUGUGGAAGUGGAUAUAUUUCAAAAUGAGGUUCCAGAGUCCAGUAAUGAAGUAGGCAAGGUUCAAGAUGAGGUUCUGGAUGGCAGUAUAGAUGUUGUCAAGAUCCUAGCUGUGGUUCCGGUGGGUGGUUUUGACAAUGAAAAGUCUCAAGACAAGGUUCUGGAGGAUGGUGUGGACGUGGACAAGGUUUUAAAUUCUAGUUUGGAUACGGACAAGGUCCAAGACAAUGUUACGGAGGGUGGCGUGGAGGAUAACACGUUUCAAGACUUCAAGAAGGUUCUUGAUGGUGGUGUUGAAGUGAACAAGGAUUUGGAGGGAGGUUUGGACAUGGACAAGGUACAAGACAAAGUUCUGAAAGUUGGUGUGGAGGUGGAUACGUUCCAAGACAAGGUUCUGAAGGGCGGUGUGGGUCUGAACACAGCAGAAGACAAUUUUGUAAAGGGGAAUGUCGAUGUGGAUGAGAUUCAUGACAAGGUUCAGGAGGGCAGUGUGUAUGUGGAAAACGUUCUAGAUGAAGCUCUGGAGGAGGCUGAGGACAUGGAUAAGGUACGAAACAAGAUGAAGGACGGUGUUGAUGUGGACAAGACUCUAGGUGAGGGUCUGAAGGGCAGUGUGGAUGUAAAUAAGAACAGUGUGGACUUGAACAAGCCUCAUGACACGGUCCUGGAGGACAAUGUGGACAUGGAGGAGGUUUUGAAUACUCAGGAGCGGAUGGAUACCAUGCGCUGCCAGGUGAAGAUCACCACACGGUACAGUUUGCAGCUGCGCAUGGUCAAUCACACAGCUCAGGAUGUGUUUGUGAGGCUGCUCAGCCAUGGGGAACGAAUCGCAGGAAGUGGUAAGGAAGCAUAUUGCUCAGAUUAUGAUAACAAUGAUCAUGAUGAUGAUAAUCCCAUAAAUAUCUUACUGGUUACUAGCCCACUCAGUGUUGAUUUAUCUUAGCUUAGAAAUACUCCUACCGAGAUAUUCUCUGUUCCCUUUGUCACUAUGAACUUGAAGGGACGCCUUCCACACAAAUCAUCGUAAAGUUAGAAUAGUGAGGUCAAAAAUGAGUAAGUACUAAGCAUUACCAACAACAGAGUAUCUAGAUUGUACAAAAAUGUACAAUCCAUAAAAGGUUAUGGAGUUUGGAGGUUUGGAGGUUUGGAUUGAUGAAUUUGAGAAGUAAAAGAAGUUUAAGUGGUUUCCCCAGGUGCUAAGCACAGGUUUUCUCAUACUCUCAGACUUCUUAAAUAACAGCAAACAUGUGGGCUAAGGAAUGACGCCAAUGUCAACCUUUGAAUUUCUUUUGCUGAAAAGCCGACUUGGCGACAUCUGUUCGCUUUCUUUACUGGCCCAUUCACAUCCUUACAGAAAGUCGCCCACACACACUUGGUCUUUGUUGACUCUUACUGUUGCCAUGACACCAAUCAGCGAUGGACUGCUGACUCUCCUCCUCCUGCGAGGUUCAAAGAUAUAUGCAUGUCUCUCUUGGUUUGUGUCACCAUAGCGACGGAUUCUCGCUUGU